AUGAUAUUUUUAAUUAACAAAAGAAAACCAGUUGGGAAAAUGAAGAUUUUCUGGAAAAUUCCAGUUUUCUUCUUUGUAUGCAGUUUCCUGGGAUCUUGGGCAUCUGCUGCUGUCAAGCGUCGCCCAAGGUUCCCUGUUAAUUCAAAUUCUAAUGGUGGAAAUGAACUCUGUCCAAAGGUCAGGAUUGGCCAAGAUGAUUUACCAGGCUUUGACUUGAUUUCUCAGUUCCAGGUAGAUAAAGCAGCAUCUAGAAGAGCUAUUCAGAGGGUAGUGGGAUCAACUGCAUUACAAGUGGCUUACAAAUUGGGAAAUAAUGUAGACUUCAGGAUUCCAACAAGGCAUUUAUAUCCCAGUGGUCUGCCUGAAGAAUACUCCUUUUUAACUACUUUUCGGAUGACUGGAAGCACACUUGAAAAGAACUGGAACAUUUGGCAGAUUCAGGAUUCCUCAGGGAAGGCGCAAGUUGGCGUGAAGAUUAAUGGCCAAACAAAAUCUGUUGCAUUUUCAUACAAAGGACUGGAUGGAAGUCUCCAAACUGCAACCUUUUCAAAUCUGCCUUCCUUGUUUGAUUCCCAGUGGCAUAAGAUCAUGAUCGGUGUAGAAAGGAGUAGUGCUACUCUUUUUGUUGAUUGCAACAGGAUUCAAUCCUUACCUAUAAAGCCAAGAGGCCAAAUCGAUGUUGAUGGCUUCGCUGUGCUGGGAAAACUUGCAGAUAAUCCUCAAGUUUCUGUUCCGUUUGAACUUCAGUGGAUGCUGAUCCAUUGUGACCCACUACGCCCCAGGAGAGAAACUUGCCAUGAGCUGCCAGUCCGAAUAACUCCCAGCGAGACCACCGACCAGAGAGGUCCCCCGGGCCAGCAGGGCCCCCCCGGGCCCCCGGGUCCCCCUGGAGUUCCAGGCAUCGAUGGCAUCGACGGUGACCGAGGUCCAAAGGGUCCCCCGGGCCCCCCGGGUCCUCCUGGAGAACCCGGCAAGCCUGGAGCUCCAGGAAGGCCAGGCACGCCCGGUGCAGACGGAUUAACAGGACCUGAUGGAUCCCCUGGUUCUGUUGGACCAAGAGGACAAAAAGGAGAACCUGGUGUUCCUGGAUCUCGUGGAUUUCCAGGCCGUGGUAUUCCUGGGCCCCCUGGUCCUCCUGGGGCAGCAGGACUCCCUGGAGAGCUUGGCCGUGUUGGACCAGUUGGUGACCCUGGGAGAAGAGGACCGCCUGGGCCCCCUGGCCCUCCGGGACCCAGUGGAACAAUUGGCUUUCAUGAAGGAGAUCCCUUGUGUCCCAAUUCCUGUCCACCAGGUCGCUCAGGAUAUCCAGGCUUACCAGGCAUGAGGGGUCAUAAAGGGGCUAAAGGAGAAAUUGGUGAACCUGGAAGACAAGGUCACAAGGGUGAAGAAGGUGACCAAGGGGAACAAGGAGAAGUUGGAGCUCAGGGACCUCCAGGAGCCCAGGGAUUAAGAGGCAUCACUGGCAUAGUUGGGGCCAAAGGAGAAAAAGGUGCUCGGGGCUUAGAUGGAGAACCUGGGCCUCAAGGUCUUCCUGGUGCACCUGGUGACCAAGGACAGAGAGGACCUCCAGGAGAAAUAGGUCCCAAGGGAGAUAGAGGGCCUCAAGGUUCUAGAGGAAUUCCUGGCCUCCCUGGAACCAAAGGAGACAUGGGCUUGCCAGGUGUGGAUGGCCGUGACGGGAUACCUGGAAUGCCCGGGACAAAGGGUGAACCCGGGAAGCCUGGGCCUCCUGGUGAUGCAGGAUUGCAGGGCUUACCUGGUGUACCUGGGAUUCCUGGUGCAAAGGGUGUUGCUGGUGAAAAGGGUAACACAGGUGCUCCUGGGAAGACUGGUCAGCUGGGGAAUUCAGGCAAACCGGGCCAACAGGGGCCUCCAGGAGAGGUGGGACCCCGAGGACCCAGGGGGCUUCCUGGCAGUAGAGGAGAAAUAGGACCGGUGGGACCCCCAGGGCCACCAGGUAAACGGGGUUCUCCUGGAAGUCCUGGCCUCCCUGGCUUGCCUGGCCCCCCUGGCCUUCCGGGAAUGAAAGGCGACAGGGGAGUAGUCGGUGAGCCUGGUCCAAAGGGUGUACAGGGUUCGUCUGGUGAAGAAGGUGAAGCAGGAGAAAGGGGUGAACUUGGAGAGAUAGGCUUACCUGGGCCAAAGGGAUCUGUGGGUAACCCUGGGGAGCCUGGCUUGAGGGGGCCUGAAGGAAGUCGGGGGCUUCCUGGAGUAGAAGGACCAAGAGGACCACCUGGACCACGAGGCAUGCAGGGAGAGCAGGGUGCCACCGGCCUGCCUGGCAUCCAGGGCCCCCCAGGUAGAGCACCGACAGAUCAGCACAUUAAGCAGGUUUGCAUGAGAGUCAUGCAAGAGCAUCUUGCUGAGAUGGCUGCUAGUCUCAAGCGACCGGACUCAGGAGUCUCUGGCCUCCCUGGGCGGCCUGGACCCCCUGGUCCCCCAGGGCCGCCUGGAGAGAAUGGUUUCCCAGGCCAGAUGGGACUUCGUGGCCUUCCAGGCAUUAAAGGCCCUCCUGGUGCUCUUGGUUUGAGGGGGCCUAAAGGUGACUUGGGAGAAAGGGGGGAACGUGGCCCUCCAGGAAGAGGUCCGAAGGGCUUGCCCGGAGCAACAGGUCUCCCAGGUGAACCAGGUCCUGCCAGCUACGGGAGGAAUGGCCGGGAUGGCGAGCGAGGGCCCCCAGGAGUGGCAGGAAUUCCCGGGGUACCUGGCCCCCCGGGCCCUCCUGGCCCUCCUGGGUUUUGCGAGCCAGCUUCCUGCACCCUGCAGGCUGGGCAACGGGCAUUUAGCAAAGGGCCCGAUCAGUGAAAAGCUUAGUGCCGCGUGGCUGUCUGCAUAAACCGUGCCUGGCAAAGGAGCGUGGAGUAGAAACCCCACCGAAGCCGAGGCAGGAGACGACAAUGCAUUACCUUCCACGUUAUUACCUAAGUCUUAUUUGACGGAUUUAAAACAAGGUGCUAUCCAAUAAAUCC